AUGGGCGACUUCAGCAGUAGUGCAAGUGCCGACGGGCUCGCCUUCUCCCUCUCGCCGUAUCCUUCUGAGAUCCUGGAGAAUUCAUAUGGUGGGACUCUUGAUCUGUGUAGUACUUUUGGUGCCAACAAAACCAGAAACAAUACAAUUGUGGCCAUCGAGUUUGAUGGCUUCAAAAACGUUGAAUACGACGAUUCAAGCUCCAAUCAUGUGGGAAUCGACGUCCACACCAUCUUUUCCCUGGCGCAUGGGGACUUGCAAGCUAGCAUCAGACAGCAUGUCUUUGAUGCAUGCGUUUGCUACAAUGCUGCUACUAAAAAUUUGAGUGUCUCUCUUCGUAAUACCUCAGGUGCUACGAGGUAUUGGAGCAUUUCUCAUGUUGUUGACUUGAGGGAGGUCAUGCCUGAUAAAGGUGUCAUUGGCUUCUCAGCUGCAACAGGUAACAAGACCGAGUCCCAUCGCAUUCGAUCGUGGAAUUUCUCUUCCACGGAUUUGGAUCACACCCACUUGAGUCAUUCAAACUAUAAAGCUUUGGCGGUGGCAUGGGGAAGAAACAAGUGGAGAUGGCCAUCGAUUCAUUGA